GGGUUGGCAUUGCGGUGGCGUUUCCGACUGUGGGAGCCUCGGCUUCCCAGUCGUCCGAUGAGCCUGAGCAGCUGAGUCCCUUCCCUGUCUUUCACUCUUCUGGCAUCGGUGGUUUUACUUCUUCGAUUGAACCCUGCUUCCUCGACCCCCUUGGGAGGCCGCCUUCUUCAGGCGCCUCCCUUCUCUCCACGAACUCGCUCUGACAGCCGAGGAACUGGCAAGAUCCUGCUACCCAGAGGGUGAAUGGGUAUCUUUCCUGGAAUAAUCCUAAUUUUUCUAAGGGUGAAGUUUGCAACGGCGGCCGUGAUUAUAAGCGGACACCAGAAAAGUGCCACUGUAAGCCAUGAGAUGUCUGGUCUGAAUUGGAAACCCUUUGUAUAUGGCGGCCUUGCCUCUAUUGUUGCUGAGUUUGGAACGUUCCCUGUGGACCUGACCAAAACCCGACUUCAAGUUCAAGGCCAAAGCAUUGAUGUUCGCUUUAAAGAGAUAAAAUACCGGGGAAUGUUUCAUGCCUUGUUCCGCAUCUAUAAAGAAGAAGGUGUAUUGGCUCUGUAUUCUGGAAUUGCCCCUGCCUUACUAAGACAGGCAUCAUAUGGCACCAUUAAAAUUGGCAUUUACCAAAGCUUGAAGAGAUUAUUUGUAGAACGUUUAGAAGAUGAAACUCUUCUAAUUAAUAUGAUCUGUGGAGUAGUGUCAGGAGUGAUAUCUUCCACUAUAGCCAAUCCCACUGAUGUACUAAAGAUUCGAAUGCAAGCUCAGGGGAGCUUGUUCCAAGGCAGCAUGAUUGGCAGCUUCAUCGAUAUAUACCAACAAGAAGGUACCAGGGGUCUGUGGAGGGGUGUCGUCCCAACUGCUCAGCGGGCUGCCAUCGUUGUGGGCGUAGAGCUACCGGUCUAUGAUAUUACAAAGAAGCACUUAAUCUUGUCAGGGGUGAUGGGAGACACAAUUUUAACUCACUUUGUUUCCAGCUUUACAUGUGGGUUGGCUGGGGCUCUGGCUUCCAAUCCAGUUGAUGUGGUUCGAACUCGCAUGAUGAACCAGAGAGCAAUCGUGGGACAUGUGGACCUCUACAAGGGUACUUUGGAUGGAAUUUUAAAGAUGUGGAAACAUGAGGGAUUUUUUGCACUCUAUAAAGGAUUUUGGCCAAACUGGCUUCGACUUGGACCCUGGAACAUCAUUUUUUUUAUUACAUACGAGCAGCUCAAGAGGCUUCAGAUCUAAGGACUGAAUUAAAUGUGAGCCAAGCCCUGCCAGCCUUUCUACUCUUUUCCCUUUUUCCGUGUUCUAAUGUAUUUUGACAAGGUUGUGUUUACUGAACCACUGGUCUCCCAGGAACCUCCUGGCGGAAGAACUAUAGGAUGGUUCAGAAUUGUUCAUGUGUUUGUUUUACCAUGUUAACUUUUCCCUGAGAGGAAGUGUUAACAUUGACACUCUGGCCCCAGAUUGGUAUCUUCUGUGAAGAUGGAUACUGAUGGAUGACAUUCACCAUGGCCUUCGUUUCAAAUGUUGGUUAAAUGUAGUUGGUUAGCCCCAGACUUGGGCUGUAGCAGAAGGCAUAGGCCAGGGCAGUUACUGCUGUGUAUGUUUCACACCUCGGUUCUCAUUAAAGUAUUUAUUG